AUGAUUUACCCUAGCCCAACUGGUGGGUCCGGUGAUGGUUCGCGAACUGCGCGUGUUCACCCUUUGGGUUGGGAGCGGGGGAAGGUCAAGGCGACGACAAGGAGGCUUGUACCUUUGUUUCAUGUUGGUUUAUCUCCGAAAGGAAAGAGGUAUGGGGGACCGAAGAGAGGGGAUCGAGGUCUUAGGUGGCUCUCGAGGAUCAAUAGACCUGAGGAAUUGCCUUCGGAGAUCCUCGCCUUUGCUCCUCCGUCAGUAUGCAAUCCUCCGUGUGUCGGUGCUACGGCUGAAGGGUCUGGAACCCGGUCUAGUGGCAAUGAUGAGAGCAUCAUUGCUAGACGAGGGGGACGCAGCACUCCGUAUGGAAUAAUGGAAUGCCGGGAGAAGGACGCCCCCUUGGAGCAUCUGAAACAAUGGCACGAGUUGCUUGAGCCUUACUGGCGGCGGUGGUCGACUCUGGGACGGCCUUCAAUAUUAUUCUGCAUAAGGGCACUAUGCAAAUGCGGAAGGCAGAGAGAUAGGACUUCGUGCCAGUACAUGAGCCAGUCUGGCCCGGCCAGAACCGAUGACAGGGAAGUUGCUGUAAGCAAGUCGACAGGUAGACUAGCCUGGGUAGCUUGCGAGCCGGACGACUGGCUACCGGGUUUGGACAACGCAUUGAGGGGCGCGAAGGGGUCUAGGCGGGGAGGGGGAAUCCCCAACAGCAAAGGAUUCGGUCAACUGUCAAUGUGGCGGCCUUGCACCCUAUUCGAAAAAGACACCGAUGAUGAUGGUCCUCGAGUCAUCAAACCCAAGAUGACUCGGUACUAUGGUCGAACCCAAAUCGCAAUGAACCGGUUCCCCGUACUCAGUAAAUCCCGCUCCUCUCUCUCUCACUCCCCCUCUCUAUUGAUGGAUUGUUGCCCUUCCGUCGCUGCUGGGGAUUCCCUGGUUGAAACCAAUAGAUUGGCACUUAUCGAUGCUUCCAGGCCCCGAUAA